AUGGAGUCGCUCAACGAGACAUUGUGGGAUGUCGUGAUUUGCGGCACAGGACUACAACAGUCUCUCCUUGCCCUUGCGUUAUCGAGGUCUGACAAGAAGGUUCUUCACCUUGACCCAAACAACUUCUACGGUGGUCCUGAAGCUGCCUUGACCUUGCUGGAAGCAGAGGAAUGGGCCAAGGCGCAUUCGUCACAACAGCAGUCCCCUAGUGGGGACCUGAAGUGCGCUUCAGCGCCCUCGACUUUUGCAUCUGCAAAUGUCACGAGGCCGCAAGAUGGCGAUGAAGCAACUGGCGGUCUGUCAUCGCCACGCGCAUACUCACUAGCCCUCGCACCACACAUCAUCCACGCCCGCUCGCGGCUCGUCGAGCAGCUAGUAUCGUCACGCGCGUUCAGGCAGCUUGAGUUCCUGGCCGUAGGCUCAUUCUUUGUUCUCUCUCGUUCCUCCUCACAGGAUACGGCAAAUCCCCUAAGACUCACUCGCAUCCCUUCAACCCGUGAGGAUGUCUUCUCGGACAGCUCGAUCCCCGCCCGCGCCAAGCGGUCGCUCAUGAAAUUUCUCAAGUUCGUACUGGACUACAACUCGGAGCCUCAGACUGAGAUCUGGCAGGCCGAGGCCGAUUCGCCGCUUGCCGGGUUCCUGGAGACCAAAUUCAAGCUCGAUAAUGACCUCCGGGCUUAUGUUGUUACAUUAACCCUCGCGCCGGACGGCAAUGCCAUCACAACCAAAGAUGGCUUGGCGGCGAUCCACCGUCAUCUUACUUCAAUGGGAUACUUCGGUCCGGGAUUUGCUGCUGUCUACCCCAAGUGGGGCGGUGCGAGUGAGAUUGCUCAAGUAGCCUGCAGGUCUGGCGCUGUCGGUGGCGGCGUCUACAUGCUUGGCACAGGGAUCAAAAAUAUCAAAACCGCAGAGUCGGAUGAGUCUGAAGUGGAUUCGCUCAGCAUCGAGCUCUCAAACGAGACCGUAGUACGAACGAAGCUCCUUGUCCGUGGCAUGGAAGAUAGACCGGCGGUUCCGUCCGACAAAGGUCAUGCGAUAGACAGGCAAUCCUUGAGCAGGCUGGUCGCGGUUGUGAAUUCGCCACUGUCUUCGUUAUUCGAGCCAGUGGUGGAAGGGGCACCGCUACCUGCGGUUGCCGUGAUCGCAUGUGCUCCCGGCACCUUGAACGGCAUUGGUGACAUUGGUUCCCAAGAAUAUCCAGUAUACAUGAUUGUGCAUUCGAGUGACACGGGUGAAUGUCCCUCAGGUCAAAGCCUACUUUACCUCAGUACUCAGUCGACCAUAAGCUCGCAAAAGAUGCUGCAGCAAAGCAUCGAGCCCAUCCUAGCUUCUGUGACCAGCUCAAGUGGUGCAUCUACACCCCGUUGUCUUUGGUCGCUGUCAUACGAACAGACACGUGAAACCUCAUCCACUCAGAUCGAUGGCAAAGUCGUGACGGUUCCCGGAGUACCGCUUACACUUGCUUUCGGCGAUGAGACCCUGGAUCCGGUCUUUGAGGCUUGGAAGGUCGUUAUGGGUGAGGACGCUGAUCCAGAAAGUUACAUGAAGUUUGCGGACCGGGAAGGUAUGGGUGACGAAGACAACGAUAUGUAA